AUGGCCGGCUUGCAGCCUACCACCAUCCUCGCCGCGUCGGCGGGCAUUCUCGGCUCUGCAUGGAAUUCGGGCGGGCAGGCGAUGCUCUCGGCGCUUGCCAUCCCGGGCCUGCUGUCGACCAGCUCGGCGGUGCCAUCGCAGAUCCUCGCGCAGCAGUGGGCAGGCAUAUACAACAAGGGCAAGGUGCUCGGCCCGCAGGUGGCGGCCGUCUCGCUGCUCGGCUACGGCUACCUGAUGUACGAUCGCAGCAGGCAGAGUCGCGGCUGGGGCAAGUACGUCGGGGCUGCAGCUCUCACGGUGGGCAUUGUGCCAUUCACCGUCUUCUUCAUGGACGCAACCAACCAGGCGCUACUGGGGGUGGCGGCGGGCACGGCAGGCCACCUCAGCGCCGAGGCUGUCAGGGACCUGUUGGUCAAGUGGAGGGUGCUGAACCUCGUGCGAUCGCUGUUCCCGCUGGCUGGAGCACUGCUCGGGCUGUACGAGCUGGUUGGGCCCUGGUGA